UCCUCAUCUGUGGGUUGUCUGUUCGUAAUCUUUACUUAUUUUUAUACCAGGUUGUUAACUUUUUCUUAAUGAUUUCUAGGAACUUUUUGUAAAUUAGAGAUAUUAACCCUUUGUAUAAUUUAUUGUUGCAACCAUGGCAAAUAUUUACCUCCUGCAUUAUCUUUUAAUGUUCAUGUUUUUGCAAUUUUAUCUACUAUUUUAUUCUGUGAGGACUUAAAAUAUAUGAAAAUAUAAUGUACUCACAGUGUUCAAAAAUUAGUACAAAAUAAAUAGGUCUUUAUGUGACCCAUAUACCUGUCUACCAAGCCACUUUUUCCAUAGGUAACCAUCAGUAUUAGUUUACUGGGAACCCUCCCAGUAUUUCUUUUUAUAAAUAUAAGCAAAUCAGAAUCCAUACUUAUGUUAUCCCUUUCUGAUCAAAAGCAGGUGAAUACUAACUAUCCUGCUCUAUGCUUUGCAUUUUUAACCCAACAGUAUGUCUUGAACAUCUUUUCAUAUCAAUUCACAGAAAGCCUCAUCAUUCUUUAUUCAUAGCUGCAUAGUGUUUCUUUGUGAAGGUAUACUGUCAUUCAGUGGGCAUCAGACUUUUUUUGCUUCUGUAUGCUCUAAAAGAAUAUUGAAAACUUUAUGCCCCUUCACACAUUUAAGUGGAUACCUAAACAUUUUUUUUUUUACCAUGAGUUUAAAGGUUGCAAAUAAUACAUUUUCUAGCAUGUUGCAUAUUAUAAUAGGCUUUAAACACAUUUUCUUCAAAAUCUUGGAGCUAUGGAUUUGUAUGAAACGGGAAAGACAAAUCUGAUUGUCAAAGCAAGUAGCCAAAUUAGACAUACUUACUUCCUGUCAGAGAAAGUCUAAUUUCACUUUUUAUAAUUCAAACAAGCAUGUUAAUUAGACACCCUCUGUGACAACCCCAUCUUCAGAAUUCUAAGAAGAGUAGAGAGCAAGCUGUUAACAAAUAGAUGUGGUCCUGAGACUAACCAUGCUUUUUGCCUUCUAGAUGAAAGAAGGCACAAUCGUUUUCAACAUCUCCUUGGUGAUCUCAUCGAAUCGUGGGGCUUUACUUUGCUCUGCAUGCACCAGUGGCUCUGUUUCGUUACCUAUUACACUGUAACAAACCACCCCAAAUCUUAGCCACUUAGAGCAUCAAUUUAUCAUUCUCAUAAUUGUGGGGCUUACCAGGCAGUUCUUCUGCUCUAUGUGGUAUCCCUUGGGGUGCUGGGAUAGCUGGCAGCUCCAGGGUGGGCUUCCUCUGGUGGCUGGGAGGGGGCUGGGACUAGCUGAGGGUCUCAACCAGCAUCUGUAGUUCUCUUCCACAUGGCCUUUCCAUGUGGCUUAGCCUUCUCACAACAAAGCAGCCAGACGCCAAGAACAGUUGUAUCUAUUAUUGACUCCAUUAUUUUAAAAUGUCUUUUAAAGAGUUAGGUGAUACAGUCCAAGGGUCAAAAUUUAAAAUGUGUAAGAUGAUUUACAGUAAAAGGUUAUCCUUCUAACUACUAUUCUUCAGCCUCCUGUUCUCCUUUGGUGAUUUGUAUAUCCUUCAAAAAAUUUUUAAAAAUGUGUAUAUAAGCCAAUAUACUGAGUUUUGUGUCUUGCUUAGGAAAACCAUCCCACCCUAAGACUAUAAAAAUUUUUCUUCUUGAAGUUUUAUAGUUUUUUUUUUCCAUGAAUAUCUUUAGGCUUUAUUGAGUGCAUGAUGUGAGGCCAGGAUUGAUGGACUUUUCGGGAUGCCAAAUAAUUGCUGUUCACUAUGCUGAUGGUCCAUCGGGAACUUUGUAUUGUUUCUCUUCUCCCCAGUGCUGAGGGUCAUCCACGUAUGUCACAAGGUAUAGUCAAAAUAGUUUUCAUAAUUGAAUCUCCAGUGGACUUUCCAACCUGUGUCAGAAAGAGGAGAUCAGAUGAGUUGGGGCAGCUGGACAUUUUCAUUUCCCUAGUGAGGGAAGGAGAGUGUCACAGGAAUUAGAGGAAAUGUAAGCUCUAAGAAUCUGCCCCCUCCUGAAGGGGGCAGGUAGAGAAGCCUGGGAAACUUGGAGCAGUAACUUGACUCUUAACUCUGGUCCCAUGAAUUGAGAAUUUCAGCGUGACCUGAGCUUGUUUUUGUUGCAGGAGAAUGCACUAACCUUUAUGAAGUAUCCACUAUGUAUUAAGUGUAGUGCUUUGGAUUUUAUAUGCUGUUUUGUCUUUUCCUCAUGAAAAGUUAAAGUUUUAUGGGAUUAGUCUUAUCUUCAUUCAAAAGAUGAAGAAACUGAGAUGUGGGAAGUUAUUCCAAAGCCUCAGCCCUUUCCCAAUACCUCGAAGGCUUGGAAAUUAAUGGUACAGAAGGUAUAAAAAGGUUUAUAGAAUUUACGAGACUCAAUUAUUUUUAAGAACCAUAAGCAGAGUUCAUUUGUUGAAAAGUAAGGUGAUCUUUGCAAAUAGUUUUAUUUUUUCUUUUUGAAAAUAAGAACCAAGGAAGAGAGAAUUCACAUUGGCUAGUGUGCAAGUAAUUUCAUUAUCCAGCUCAAUGUGUAUGUAUGUAGGGAGCCAGGGCAUUCAGGUGAGUCAGAUAUUCUGAUUUAACAGUGGGUGGCCCUGUGUAACACACACAGAUUAUAUACUUUCCAUAAACAGACAAAAAUACUCAAGGGACUAUAGCAAAAAAGGGACUAAGUAGAAAAAAAAUGUUGAGCUCUAGAUAUGUGCUAACCAAAAUUUAGCAUUUAUUUGACAAUACAGUGGAUUCCUUUUGAUAUGGUUGAACUUCACAUUUAUUAUCAGUCCCAGUCCUCAUGGUAUGGUGCCUGAUUUUACUGGGCAGACCUGCUGAGGGGGGCUAUCUGGAAAAGUUCCUGGAGGGGAUGGAGAAGGGCAUGGGAUGGAGAGAGCAGGUAGAGGUUCACAGGAGGGCUCCACCUGGCCUAAGGAGUGAGGCUUCAGCUGUGGUGACUGGCAACUUAGCUUCCUGAUUCUCUGAUGGUGACCUCAGGGACUGAGAGAUGUGAGGAACAUUUAAGAGAAGCCAGACCUCCUGAGGGGUGAACGGCCUCCUGUCAGCCAUGAAGUAACACUACCUCCUUUGAUGGGCAGAGAAAUGACUCUUGGUGGAAAUGAGAUGGAGGAACUGUGUGACUGGCUGCGAGGGAAACAGAGGAGGGAAUAGUGAACUCUGGAUUGCAGAGGCUCAUGGAUCAGUUCUGAGAGGGUCUCUCCAAAUAUUUACCAGCUUUUUUUUUUUUUUUUUCCCUCAAGAACUCCUUUGCAAUGUAGGUGCCUUGGGGAAGGCAGCCAACCAGGUGUUCAUGCUGAGUAGGAAAUGGGAGGUCAGGGCAGUGAGGGAAGAUGGAAGGAGCACCAACUUCCAUGAUUGACUUCAUUGGGAAAGCCUCACAGGGACAUGCCUGUGAAGACCUAGGGAAGGGAGUCAUGGACUCCGCUCCCUGACUGCAGAUAUCCACCCCCACCACUGCUUACCUAAGGCCUGCACUCCUCUAUGUCUUCCUUUGAUGUAGGCUUUAUCUUUUGCCAAAAUAGGAAUAUUUCCUGAGGGCCUAAAUAUUAAGCUGUCAUCAUAAAUACCUUGGAUGGGAUGAAGUUGUCAUGGUACUUUUCACAGGACUUAAUGGAGAGGGCAUGGGGCCCAGGAUAGAUAAGCUUCAUAAGGUCAUGAAGGAGGAGAGGGGACUGGCUCUUGGGUGGGCAGUGGGGGGUAUUGGGGUGGCAUGCUGUGUUAGAGAUUCAGUGCAACCUGGGGGUUCUAUUGACUGCUGGGGGAACUAGAAGCCCCCAGAGAAGCAGUAAGGAGGGGUCAGGUUUUCACCACUUAACAAGGUGGUUUAGAGCCCAGGGCAGUGAAAGGUUGUCUUCCAUGAGCUGGCCAUGCCUCAGCCAAGGCAGAGUUAAAGAUCCUCAGCAGAGGUCGGAGGUGAGCCAGGUGAAAGCUACACAAAAGCCGAGGCAAGGCAGAAUAAUUAGCUUCUGCCUUUCCCUCCUGCUGCCUGGCCUGAUAUUUGAGGUGACAUUUAAAGCCGUUGUACAGAUGUGCAGUGGAACUGUGGCAGAACGAAGGCUUUCUGGAGCCUGUGGAGAGGCAAGGCUGAUUUCUCAGCCUCCUGGCUGGCAGCUUCUCACCCCUCCAUGUGGGGUCCUCUACUGGGCCUUGAAAGGAGAGAGGCCCCUCUGCCUUCCAGGUGAGCAUACUCUAAUGGAGGACUUAGACUCUCCCUCCCUACUGGACUCUCAGGGUGUUGGGGGAGGUGGGGUACACACUAGAAUUCAAGAUAGUGACACGAAGCCAGUGCUGAGGGUAGGAGAGGAGAGCAGGGACUGAAGUGGAUGGAUCACCAUCGCAGAACUCUCUGGGGAGCUUGUUAAAAAUGCAGGCCUCUGGGAAUGAGGCCUCGUUAUCUGCAUGGAUAACCAACCCUCUAAGGUGAUUCUGCUGCCCAUUAAACUUUGAGAACCUCUGAGAUAGAGAAUGUGUGAGGUUAGCUGGAAAGGGCCUCUUGGGAGGGGUGGACUUGAAUUUCAGUGUCUAGGUGAUACUUGCUGUAGAUGCUGUCCUCAGGUGUGGACCUAAGAAGCCCGUUCACCUAGGGACACUAAACUCAUGGGAGAGACUGGCAGGGGUCCAAGCCACCCUUGAAAUGGCAUCCGUGAGAAUGUGUUGCCCUGGGCUCCACUCCACCACUUGGGCGCUAAUCGCCAAGGGGGCAGAAGUGGUGUGGGAGGUGGCUGAGGAUGCUGUCUACUGGAGUGUUUGAUUCAUGUUACAACUGAAGCACAGCUUGCAGGGCAAAAUGGUAGCUGGGUGGAGCCCGCUUCCUGGGGCAGAUCAGUAUGUCUGUGGAUGGUCUUCACUUUGGUUUGCAGAUACCAGCAACUAUGCUACCUCCUGUGUUGCCUUCACUUGCCAGAUAGGUCCAUGUGUCUGAGGAGUUGGGUCAGUUGCUGCUGAGGGAACAGUGGCCAUUGUUGUCCCAGGAGAUGAGUGGGAAAGAUCUGAGAUUUGGUUGGAUCUCUCCUCCCUCCGUGCUGCUUGCCUUCUGCUCCAUACACUUGUGCUGGCUUUAUCUGAUUGGGAACACAGUGUUUUCAGGUUGGGGUGGGUGAAGAGAGGGAGAAAGAACGGUGCCAAGGAAAGAAGAAGGAACAUUGAAGAGAAAGGAACACAUCCAUGUUGUGACAUCAAAUAACUGCUGAACCUCCGGAUGGGCAUCGGCCCUCUGGAGUGGAUGGGCUGUUGCUGGCCUGGUGACACUGCCUGACCCUGGAAAACAUGUCUCUAUAGCCAGCUGGGUGGGCUGGAGGAAACAUGCCAAAGGGAAUAGCUGUGCUUGCUUUGACCAUGAGGAAAGAAGGAGCCACUGUGGAAGCAUUGUAUAAGACAAAACAAAAACAACAACAAAAACCUACUAAUAAGGCUGUGUCCUGGCCAAUAUCCUUUCUAAUUGCACUGCAGUUAAAUGGCAAUGCUGACAGUCUCUUGGAACAUUUUAUUCAACUUCUGGAGGGGCUACAUUUCAAGUAAGACUUAGGAGGCUCUGUGGGAGAUGAAGAAAUGAGCAGUGGUGGGCUGGGGAGCUCCAAGGAGCCCAGCUUGAUGGGUUGAAGCCAAUCUUGAGUAAAACUCCGGGCUGAAUGGGUUCACCCUGGGGCUGACCCGAUGGGCAUUGCUUAUGUUCUUAGGUCUGUUUGCGGGGGAAGUGCUUGCACCCAUAUUAUUCUUGACAGUCUUUAUUCCCUUUUCCUCUGCAAAUGAGACUGUGUGGACUGUUUUGCCCUUGAUUACUGGAGGGAGGGGAACAGGGCCAGCUUCUUUCUCCAGCCCCAAGAAUGAGACUUGUAGCACUAGCACCGUUAGGGCACUCUCUGGGACUUUCAGCCUCAUAGUCAGAUGCUCUUCCCCUGCCCCUCUCUGUCUAGGUCUCCUGCCACGAUGGGAGCCUCCCGUUUCAGAUUUCUCCCAAGUUGUGUUAGAAAAAGUCUUUUUGGCAUUCUUAUUUGGAGAUGCACUCUCUCUGCAGUUAUAAGUCAAGGGCCAAAGAAAAAGAUAAAAAGCCCUUAGUUAAUAAGUGGCCACAUUUGGACCCUCCACUCAAUCUGUGCCCAUGGCAUGUCAGCGCCGCCCUGGAGGGGCCUCCCUCAGGGUUCCUGUUAGGAAACAGCCAUGUUUCCCCAGGUCCUGCCCUACUGGAGGGCUGCCAUAUCUUAGUGAAACAUGUCACAAUUUCCCAGGAAUCUCUUAGUGCCCCUGAAACUCUCAGGAAGGAGACAGAUGGGCACCUACGAGUUACCUGACCUUAAACAAGUUAUUUAAUCUUGUGGAACAUGGGUUUUCUCUUCUGUAUACUGGAGAAAGUGAUUCCCAUCCUACAGACCUUGCAGGGCAAGCAGGAGAUGAUAGUUAUGAAAGUACUUUGUGAACGAAAAAGUACUGGCCACACGUGAGCGAUGAAUUCUUGUUAUUUGUGAAGGGCAGAACACCGGGUUACUUCUCUCUGGAGGGAGGAGGAGGGGUUUGCAUUCUUGUGUUAACUACACACUGGAGUCUUGUCCAUUUAGGGUAAUAAGAAAAUAAUGCUAACAGAGCCUGAGAGGUAGCUUCUUGGGUGGUGAUAUCUCUGCCGAGACCCAAUGCUGCCCUUUAAGAAGAAACCACAAGGCAUCUGGGGGGCAGGGGCAGGCAGUGGAGGUUGUGGCUCUGCUAGCUUUCUCCCUCUCCCUCCUGGCUUCUACCCCCUGGACGUGCCUCCUCCCAGGUCUGAGUUCUUCAGAAAUCGGCAGCCUGUCUCAUCUUGGAGGUAUAAGUUCCAAGGAAGAGCUGGUGCCGAGGGAGACAUGCCUGCCAGUUGCCUGAUGGAGACCAGGAGGCCUGGAGACCACCAUUUCUGCUAGGACAGUGAGAAGGCAUUGCUGGCAUGGCCUAAGCUGCACAGAGCUGUGAUGAAUGUGCAGAUGGCUGUUGGGUAGUUUUUAGGCUUGGAGAACAAGGUCUUCCUAGACCUGGGGACUCCUCAGGUUUCAUUUCAGUGAGUAGCACUCCCAGUCACUUGGGUCACAGGCUGGCCCACUGUAAGACGGGCUGUGUGUGGGGCAAGGACUGGGCACCCCGUCAUGCCCCAAAGGCCUUAGACAAUGCCCAGGGGCUGAGGUCUCUGCAGCUUACUCUUCUCCUUGCCUUGAAAACAACAUUGUAUUGGAGACUCAGAUGUUCAUUUGUCCAGUUAGUAAUUACUUGAGUAAUUGCGAAGUUCAGUGUUCUUUGAGGGACACAAAGAUGAUUAAAAAGCAGAUCCUACCUUCAUGGAGUUUAUGGGUAAGUAAGGAAGAAGAGUCAUAUACAAAGGAGAAGGUGGAAUGAAAAAAAUAAAAUAUAAAGGAAGGAAGAUCAGGGAAGUCUGCCUGGAUUCUGUGGCAUUUGAGUUAUUCGUUGGAAAAAUUAGGAGCAUUUGGCCAUGAUGAGGUAGGAGAGUGGGGAGAGCAUGCUACUGGCAGGAAGGGCAGGAGCAAAGGCCUGGGGAUAGAAAACCGUGGGAUGUAUGAACGUGUGGGGAAUUGAGAGUCUGGCAAGAGGGAGAGGGGUUGAGAGGUAAGGGAGAACCUCGUAUCUACCAGUAUCUACCAGGUGCGACACCAGAAACAUAUUCUUUUGCUUUGAGGCUCACAAAUACUGUUCUCUCUGGUUUACAGAGGAGGAAGCUGAGGCACAGGGAGCUGAAUAACUUCAUCGAGGCCAGGCAAGUAUUAAGUGGCAACCAGGAUUUGGACCCAUGACUGUCUCUACUAUAGAGCCUAUGCUUCAGAGCCCAUGCUGUCUCUACUAUAACAAAGGUUCCAUGAAGGGACAUAGGAAAAAAGGAUCUGUGGCCUUUUACUAGUCAUGCAGGUCCUGCAGUCUUGGGCAAGGAGAGCCGGUGGUCCCGGCAGUGAGGCAGUGAGGCAGUGAGGCAGUGAGGCAGUGAGGCAGUAAGGCAGUAAGGCUCCCGGGCUCCUGGACUGGCCUCAAAGUCCAAAAUGGCUGAGCUUCUGGCUUCCCAUCCCGCAUUCUACUGGAGGAGCCACUGGCCUCUGGUGUGGGAGGCAUGGAAGCCAGGAUGGCAGGAGAUGCUGGAAAAAAAUUUAACACAUGGACUUGACUGUGGAGUUUCAUUCUCAAGACCACUGCAAACCUCGCGUCUUUCCGAAAGCCCUUCCUGACUCCCUCCCACGCAUCUCCGACCUCCCCUUGGGUCCAGGCAGGCUCGGUCUGCACACGGCGUUGUUCUGCACUUGUUCCUUUGUUGCUGUGAAACCGGCUCCCGGCACAGUCAGCCUCUGUGUGGGAGGACUGGUGGCUGUCUUUGCAGGCAGGCAUUUGCUUAGAGCAGGCUGUGUGCGAGCCCAGCGUCAAGUGAUUCCGGCCUUCUCGAGUCAGCGGUGGUGGGAUGAGGCUCUGCCGAGGGGACUGGCUGUGAAGGAUGAGUUCAGGGUGGGAUGACGGACCGCUUCUGGGACCAGUGGUAUCUCUGGUAUCUCCGCUUGCUCCGGCUGCUGGAUCGAGGGUCUUUUCGGAAUGAUGGUUUGAAAGCUUCUGAUGUCCUUCCUAUCCUAAAGGAAAAAGUGGCCUUCGUGUCUGGGGGUCGUGAUAAGCGAGGCGGACCCAUCCUGACCUUCCCUGCUCGCAGCAAUCAUGACAGAAUAAGACAGGAAGACCUGCGGAAACUAGUGACGUAUUUGGCCAGCGUGCCAAGUGAGGACGUGUGCAAACGUGGCUUCACUGUCAUCAUCGACAUGCGGGGCUCCAAGUGGGACCUCAUCAAGCCCCUCCUCAAAACGCUGCAGGAAGCCUUUCCAGCUGAGAUCCAUGUGGCCCUCAUCAUUAAACCUGACAACUUCUGGCAGAAACAGAAGACCAACUUUGGCAGCUCUAAAUUCAUCUUUGAGACUAGCAUGGUAUCUGUGGAGGGCCUCACGAAACUGGUGGACCCCUCCCAGCUGACGGAGGAGUUUGACGGCUCCCUGGACUACAACCACGAGGAGUGGAUCGAACUGCGGCUCUCCCUGGAGGAGUUCUUCAACAGCGCUGUGCACCUGCUCUCGCGCCUCGAGGACCUCCAGGAGAUGCUAGCCCGGAAGGAGUUUCCCGUGGAUGUGGAGGGCUCUCGGCGGCUUAUUGAUGAGCACACACAGCUCAAGAAAAAGGUGCUGAAGGCCCCUGUGGAGGAGCUGGACCGAGAGGGGCAGCGGCUGCUGCAGUGCAUCCGCUGCAGCGACGGCUUCUCAGGACGCAACUGCAUCCCGGGCAGUGCUGACUUCCAGAGCCUGGUGCCCAAGAUCACCAGCCUCCUGGACAAACUGCACUCCACCCGGCAGCACCUGCACCAGAUGUGGCACGUGCGCAAGCUCAAGCUGGACCAGUGCUUUCAGCUGCGGCUCUUUGAGCAGGAUGCUGAGAAGAUGUUCGACUGGAUAAGCCACAACAAGGAGUUAUUCCUACAGAGCCACACGGAGAUCGGAGUCAGCUACCAGUACGCCCUCGACCUCCAGACGCAGCACAAUCACUUUGCCAUGAACUCUAUGAACGCCUACGUCAACAUCAACCGCAUCAUGUCCGUGGCUUCCCGCCUCUCCGAGGCCGGCCACUAUGCCUCACAGCAAAUCAAGCAGAUCUCUACCCAGCUGGACCAGGAGUGGAAGAGCUUCGCCGCUGCCCUGGAUGAACGCAGCACCAUCCUCGCCAUGUCUGCUGUGUUCCACCAGAAGGCUGAACAGUUCCUGUCGGGAGUGGACGCCUGGUGCAAGAUGUGCAGUGAAGGUGGUCUGCCGUCCGAGAUGCAGGACCUAGAGCUGGCAAUCCACCACCACCAGACCUUGUAUGAGCAGGUGACCCAAGCCUACACAGAGGUCAGCCAGGAUGGCAAAGCACUGCUAGAUGUGCUACAGCGGCCCCUGAGCCCUGGGAACUCAGAAUCCCUCACGGCCACAGCCAACUACUCCAAGGCAGUGCACCAAGUGCUGGACGUGGUGCACGAGGUGUUACAUCACCAGCGACGGCUGGAGAGCAUCUGGCAGCACCGCAAGGUGCGGCUCCACCAGCGGCUGCAGCUCUGUGUCUUCCAGCAGGACGUACAGCAGGUGUUGGACUGGAUUGAAAACCAUGGUGAGGCCUUUCUCAGCAAACACACUGGAGUUGGAAAGUCCCUACAUCGAGCCCGGGCCCUGCAGAAGAGGCACGAUGACUUUGAAGAGGUGGCUCAGAAUACGUACACCAAUGCGGACAAGCUCCUAGAAGCAGCGGAGCAGUUGGCUCAGACGGGGGAAUGUGACCCGGAGGAGAUCUACAAGGCAGCUCGACACCUGGAGGUGCGCAUCCAAGACUUCGUGCGCAGGGUGGAGCAGCGGAAGCUUCUCCUGGACAUGUCUGUCUCCUUCCACACACACACCAAAGAGUUGUGGACAUGGAUGGAAGACCUUCAGAAGGAGAUGUUGGAGGAUGUCUGUGCAGACUCUGUGGAUGCAGUCCAGGAACUGAUCAAGCAGUUCCAGCAGCAGCAGACCGCCACUCUAGAUGCCACGCUCAAUGUCAUCAAGGAAGGCGAAGACCUUAUCCAGCAGCUCAGGUCAGCGCCUCCCUCCCUGGGGGAGCCCAGCGACGCCAGGGACUCAGCUGUGUCCAACAACAAAACACCCCACGGCAGUUCUAUCAGCCACAUCGAGUCGGUCCUUCAGCAGCUUGAUGAUGCCCAGGUGCAGAUGGAGGAGCUGUUCCACGAGCGGAAGAUCAAGCUGGACAUCUUCCUGCAACUGCGCAUCUUUGAGCAGUACACCAUCGAGGUGACAGCAGAGCUAGACGCCUGGAAUGAAGACUUGCUUCGGCAGAUGAAUGACUUCAACACAGAGGACCUAACCCUGGCAGAACAGCGGCUGCAGCGCCACACAGAACGGAAGCUAGCCAUGAACAACAUGACUUUUGAGGUCAUCCAGCAGGGACAGGAUCUGCACCAGUACAUCAUGGAGGUCCAGGCAUCAGGAAUUGAGUUGAUCUGUGAAAAAGACAUUGAUCUGGCAGCCCAGGUGCAAGAGUUAUUGGAAUUUCUCCAUGAGAAGCAGCAUGAAUUGGAGCUCAAUGCGGAGCAGACUCAUAAGCGGCUAGAGCAGUGCCUCCAGUUACGGCACCUCCAGGCUGAAGUCAAACAGGUCCUGGGAUGGAUCCGCAAUGGAGAGUCAAUGCUCAACGCCAGCCUGGUCAAUGCCAGCUCUUUGUCUGAAGCAGAGCAGCUGCAGCGGGAGCACGAGCAGUUCCAGCUGGCCAUCGAGUCCCUCUUUCAUGCCACUUCCUUGCAGAAGACGCACCAGAGUGCCCUGCAGGUACAGCAGAAAGCCGAGGUGCUGCUCCAGGCCGGCCACUACGAUGCCGAUGCCAUCCGGGAAUGUGCUGAGAAGGUGGCCCUCCACUGGCAGCAGCUCAUGCUGAAGAUGGAAGACCGGCUAAAACUGGUCAAUGCCUCUGUGGCCUUUUACAAAACUUCUGAACAGGUAUGUAGUGUCCUGGAGAGCUUAGAGCAAGAAUACCGGAGAGAUGAGGACUGGUGUGGUGGACGAGAUAAGCUGGGGCCAGCGGCAGAGAUCGACCAUGUCAUUCCACUCAUCAGCAAACAUUUGGAACAAAAGGAGGCCUUUCUUAAGGCAUGCACCCUAGCUCGGCGGAAUGCUGAGGUGUUUCUCAAGUACAUCCACAGGAACAACGUCAGCAUGCCCAGUGUCGCCAGCCACACUCGGGGACCCGAGCAACAAGUGAAAGCCAUCCUGAGUGAGCUCCUGCAGAGGGAGAAUCGCGUGCUGCAUUUCUGGACCUUGAAGAAGCGGCGGUUAGACCAGUGCCAGCAAUAUGUGGUGUUCGAGCGCAGCGCUAAGCAGGCGCUUGACUGGAUCCAAGAAACAGGUGAAUUUUACCUCUCAACACAUACCUCCACUGGAGAGACCACAGAGGAGACUCAGGAACUGCUGAAAGAAUAUGGGGAAUUCAGGGUGCCUGCCAAGCAAACAAAGGAGAAGGUGAAGCUUCUGAUUCAGCUGGCUGAUAGCUUUGUGGAAAAAGGCCACAUUCAUGCCACGGAGAUAAGGAAAUGGGUGACCACGGUGGACAAGCACUACAGAGAUUUCUCCCUGAGGAUGGGGAAGUACCGGUACUCCCUGGAGAAAGCCCUAGGAGUCAACACAGAGGAUAAUAAGGACCUGGAGCUGGAUAUUAUCCCAGCAAGCCUUUCGGAUCGGGAGGUCAAGCUGCGGGACGCCAACCACGAAGUCAAUGAAGAGAAGCGGAAGUCAGCCCGGAAGAAAGAAUUUAUUAUGGCUGAACUACUCCAGACAGAGAAGGCUUAUGUAAGGGAUUUACAUGAGUGCUUAGAGACCUACCUGUGGGAAAUGACCAGUGGUGUGGAGGAGAUCCCCCCUGGGAUCCUCAAUAAAGAGCAUAUCAUCUUUGGCAACAUCCAAGAGAUCUACGAUUUCCAUAACAACAUCUUCCUCAAAGAGCUGGAGAAGUACGAGCAACUGCCUGAGGAUGUGGGACACUGCUUUGUUACCUGGGCAGACAAAUUUCAGAUGUAUGUCACCUACUGUAAAAACAAGCCUGAUUCCAACCAGCUUAUCCUGGAGCAUGCGGGCACCUUCUUUGAUGAGAUACAGCAACGGCAUGGUCUGGCCAAUUCCAUCUCUUCCUACCUAAUUAAGCCUGUCCAAAGGAUCACCAAAUAUCAACUUCUCCUGAAGGAACUUUUGACUUGCUGUGAAGAAGGGAAAGGGGAGCUCAAGGAUGGCCUGGAAGUGAUGCUCAGUGUCCCAAAGAAAGCCAAUGAUGCCAUGCAUGUCAGCAUGCUGGAAGGGUUCGACGAGAACCUGGAUGUGCAGGGGGAGUUGAUUCUCCAGGAUGCCUUUCAAGUGUGGGACCCGAAGUCGCUGAUCCGGAAGGGGCGGGAGCGGCACUUGUUCCUCUUUGAGAUCUCCUUGGUUUUUAGCAAGGAAAUCAAAGACUCUUCAGGACACACGAAAUAUGUUUACAAGAACAAGCUACUGACCUCAGAGCUGGGUGUGACCGAGCACGUGGAGGGCGAUCCCUGCAAAUUCGCCUUGUGGUCUGGGCGCACCCCAUCCUCAGACAAUAAAACAGUGCUGAAAGCCUCCAACAUCGAAACCAAGCAGGAGUGGAUCAAGAACAUUCGAGAAGUGAUUCAAGAAAGGAUCAUUCACCUGAAAGGAGCUUUAAAGGAGCCACUUCAGCUCCCCAAAACACCAGCCAAACAGAGGAACAAUAGUAAGAGGGAUGGAGUGGAGGAUAUUGACAGCCAGGGGGAUGGGAGCAGCCAACCAGACACCAUCUCCAUUGCUUCUAGGACCUCUCAGAACACAGUGGACAGUGACAAGCUCUCUGGCGGAUGUGAGCUGACAGUAGUCCUCCAGGACUUCAGUGCGGGCCACAGCAGCGAGCUGACCAUCCAGGUGGGGCAGACGGUGGAGCUGCUGGAGCGGCCCAGCGAGCGGCCUGGUUGGUGUCUGGUCCGCACCACAGAACGGAGCCCGCCCCUGGAGGGCCUGGUCCCCAGCAGCGCCCUGUGCAUCUCACACUCCCGAAGCAGCGUGGAGAUGGACUGCUUCUUCCCCUUGGUGAAAGAUGCAUACUCUCAUUCCUCAAGUGAGAAUGGAGGCAAGUCCGAGUCCGUGGCCAACCUGCAGGCCCAGCCAUCCCUGAACUCCAUCCAUAGUUCCCCGGGUCCCAAGCGCUCCACCAACACCCUUAAGAAGUGGCUGACGAGUCCUGUGCGUCGGCUCAACAGCGGGAAAGCAGAUGGAAACAUCAAAAAGCAGAAGAAAGUUCGGGAUGGUCGGAAGAGCUUUGACCUGGGAUCUCCUAAGCCUGGGGAUGAGACAACCCCUCAGGGUGACAGCGCUGAUGAGAAGAGCAAGAAAGGUUGGGGUGAAGAUGAGCCGGAUGAAGAGUCACACACACCCCUCCCACCGCCUAUGAAGAUUUUUGACAACGACCCUACACAGGAUGAAAUGUCCUCCUCUUUGCUAGCAGCCCGGCAGGCUUCCACUGAAGUACCUAGUGCUGCAGACCUUGUCAGUGCAAUAGAAAAGUUGGUCAAAAACAAGCUGAGUCUAGAAGGAGGCUCAUACAGGGGGAGCUUGAAAGACCCUGCGGGCUGCCUGAAUGAGGGGAUGGCCCCACCCACACCUCCUAGAAACCCAGAAGAAGAACAGAAAGCCAAGGCCCUGAGAGGCAGGAUGUUUGUCCUGAAUGAGCUGGUACAGACAGAGAAAGACUAUGUCAAGGAUCUGGGCAUUGUGGUGGAGGGCUUCAUGAAGAGAAUAGAAGAAAAGGGUGUCCCUGAGGAUAUGCGAGGAAAGGACAAAAUCGUGUUUGGAAAUAUUCAUCAGAUUUAUGACUGGCAUAAGGAUUUUUUCCUGGCGGAACUGGAAAAGUGUAUCCAGGAGCAAGAUAGAUUGGCACAGCUCUUUAUUAAGCAUGAACGGAAACUGCACAUCUACGUGUGGUACUGUCAGAAUAAGCCACGCUCAGAGUACAUCGUUGCUGAGUAUGACACCUACUUUGAGGAGGUAAAACAAGAGAUAAAUCAGAGGCUGACACUGAGUGACUUCCUCAUCAAGCCCAUUCAGAGAAUAACAAAAUACCAGUUGCUCCUCAAGGACUUCCUGAGAUACAGUGAGAAGGCUGGUUUGGAGUGCUCAGAUAUCGAGAAAGCAGUGGAGUUAAUGUGCCUUGUUCCCAAACGUUGCAAUGACAUGAUGAAUCUAGGACGUCUGCAAGGCUUCGAGGGCACCCUGACUGCUCAGGGGAAGCUGCUACAGCAGGACACAUUCUAUGUGAUUGAGCUGGAUGCAGGCAUGCAGUCCCGGACCAAAGAGAGGCGCGUGUUCCUCUUCGAGCAGAUUGUCAUCUUCAGUGAACUGCUCAGGAAGGGAUCCCUCACCCCUGGCUACAUGUUCAAAAGGAGUAUCAAGAUGAAUUACUUGGUCCUGGAGGAGAAUGUGGACAAUGAUCCCUGCAAGUUUGCACUCAUGAACAGAGAGACUUCUGAGAGGGUCAUUCUGCAAGCCGCCAACGCUGACAUCCAGCAGGCCUGGGUACAGGACAUCAAUCAAGUCUUAGAAACACAGCGAGACUUUUUGAAUGCACUGCAAUCACCCAUUGAGUAUCAGCGGAAAGAAAGGAGCACAGCUGUGAUGAGGUCUCAACCUGCCAGGCUUCCCCAAGCCAGCCCCAGGCCCUACUCCUCUGUUCCUGUGGGCUCAGAGAAGCCCCCAAAGGGCUCCAGCUAUAACCCACCUCUGCCUCCCCUGAAGAUAUCUACCUCCAAUGGCAGUCCAGGGUUUGAAUACCACCAGUCUGGGGACAAGUUCGAAGCCAGCAAGCAGAACGACCUGGGAGGCUGCAAUGGGACCUCGUCCAUGGCCGUGAUCAAAGAUUACUACGCACUGAAGGAGAAUGAAAUCUGUGUGAGCCAAGGUGAGGUGGUCCAGGUCCUCGCCGUCAACCAGCAGAACAUGUGUCUGGUGUACCAGCCUGCCAGCGACCAUUCCCCCGCCGCCGAGGGCUGGGUCCCAGGCAGCAUCCUGGCGCCCCUCACCAAAGCCACAGCAGCAGAAAGUAGUGACGGGAGCAUCAAGAAGUCAUGUUCAUGGCAUACUCUACGCAUGAGAAAGCGGGCGGAAGUGGAGAACACGGGUAAAAAUGAAGCCACAGGGUCUCGUAAACCCAAGGAUAUUCUGGGCAACAAAGUCUCUGUUAAAGAGACGAACAGUUCCGAGGAAUCAGAGUGUGAUGAUCUUGACCCUAAUACUAGCAUGGAGAUCUUAAAUCCAAAUUUCAUCCAAGAAGUGGCCCCAGAAUUCCUUGUGCCCUUAGUGGAUGUCACCUGCUUGCUUGGGGACACAGUGGUACUGCAGUGCAAAGUCUGUGGGCGGCCAAAGCCCACCAUCACUUGGAAGGGUCCAGACCAGAACAUCCUUGACACUGACAACAGCUCAGCCACAUACACCGUCUCCUCUUGUGAUUCUGGAGAAAUCACCCUGAAGAUCUGUAAUCUGAUGCCUCAAGACAGCGGGAUUUAUACCUGCAUAGCAACAAAUGACCACGGGACCACAUCGACGUCCGCGACAGUCAAAGUGCAAGGUGUUCCAGCAGCCCCUAACCGCCCCAUUGCCCAGGAGAGAAGCUGCACCUCUGUGAUUCUCCGUUGGCUGCCCCCGUCUAGCACAGGAAACUGCACGAUUUCCGGUUACACUGUGGAGUACAGAGAGGAAGGUUCUCAGAUCUGGCAGCAGUCGGUGGCUUCGACCUUGGACACUUACCUCGUCAUCGAAGACCUUAGUCCCGGGUGUCCUUAUCAGUUCAGAGUCAGUGCCAGUAACCCCUGGGGAAUCAGCCUUCCCAGCGAGCCCUCGGAGUUUGUGCGACUUCCAGAAUAUGAUGCUGCUGCUGAUGGUGCCACCAUUUCUUGGAAGGAAAAUUUUGACUCAGCUUACACUGAGUUGAAUGAAAUUGGAAGAGGCCGUUUCUCUAUAGUAAAGAAAUGCAUCCACAAAGCUACCCGCAAAGAUGUGGCUGUGAAAUUUGUUAGUAAAAAAAUGAAGAAGAAAGAACAGGCUGCCCACGAGGCUGCCCUGCUUCAGCACCUACAGCACCCUCAGUACAUCACUCUCCAUGACACCUAUGAGUCCCCCACAUCCUACAUCCUGAUCUUGGAACUGAUGGAUGAUGGCCGCCUCUUAGACUACCUUAUGAAUCAUGAUGAACUGAUGGAGGAAAAAGUAGCCUUCUAUAUUCGAGACAUCAUGGAGGCUCUGCAGUACCUUCACAACUGCAGGGUUGCACAUUUGGACAUAAAGCCUGAAAACCUGCUCAUUGACCUACGGAUUCCAGUGCCUCGAGUGAAGCUCAUCGACUUGGAGGAUGCUGUCCAGAUUUCGGGUCACUUCCACAUUCACCACCUGCUGGGGAACCCUGAGUUUGCUGCCCCAGAAGUCAUCCAAGGCAUCCCCGUCUCCCUGGGGACAGACAUCUGGAGCAUCGGGGUUCUGACAUAUGUCAUGCUGAGUGGGGUCUCCCCCUUCUUGGAUGAGAGCAAAGAGGAGACAUGUAUCAAUGUAUGCAGGGUGGAUUUCAGCUUCCCCCAUGAAUACUUCUGUGGUGUGAGCAACGCUGCCAGAGAUUUCAUCAAUGUGAUCUUACAGGAGGACUUUCGGAGGCGGCCCACGGCAGCCACAUGCUUACAGCAUCCAUGGCUGCAGCCUCAUAAUGGCAGCUACUCUAAGAUCCCCCUGGACACCUCCCGCCUAGCAUGCUUCAUAGAACGCCGCAAACACCAGAAUGAUGUGCGGCCUAUUCCCAAUGUCAAGAGCUACAUUGUCAACCGGGUGAACCAAGGGACGUAGCCAUAUCCCAGCCCCUAUGGUUUCACAUAGAAGUGCAGUGUGAACCAAAGCAAGACUGAAUGUGAUUGUAAAUAAUUCUGUUCAUCAUUUCACUCCGUGCAGUUCUCUGAAUUGAGAGAUGUACCUCUUAAACCUCAUCAGUGGUUAUUCAGGGUCUGAGCAGCAGUAGAAGUCACCCUAAAUCCAGGGGCUUUCCAGAAGGUCAUUCUGAAGAAAUAAAGAGGCAAAGAGUCACAGAAGUGUUCAGAAGAAGGACAAAGAUGAGAACAAUAUUGGCUGUUAUGAAAUUUUAACUGUAUCUUCCAAAAUGAGUGGUUAACUGGGCAAACCGUAAGCUCACAAGAGUGUAAAAGUUCUCUGGCUUUGCUGAAAUUUUAAGCAAAAAGUUCUAUUUAAUGGAGAUGUCAUGUAUAUCAACUAUUCUGGUUUAGAUAACUUAGAUAUAGUUUCUUAAUAGGAUAGAUAUACACAUACAGUAUAAUAUAUCCCAUUCAGGUUUCAGAGUUUUCUAAUAUAGAGAGAGAUAUAUAUUAAAUCAAACACAAGUAACUUUGAGUGCUCCAGUUAAGACAGUAAUUUAUUUAUCGAAGCAUUACAUUGUUUUGACUAAGCACAAUUAGAUGACAAGUUUUGUAGAGCAUUUUAUAAAUCUUGUAUAGAAAUCUUUUACCAGAACCUGUGCAUUAAGAGAAAGCAACAUUGCCCUUUUGAAUGAGAUAAUUUUUUCUGUCAAUCACAGGUUAUUUGAUUAAGAUAGGUUCUUUCUGUAUAUGAAAUGCUACCCGCAAAUUCACUGGCAGCUCAGAGUUAAUCUGGCAAGAAAGCCCGCCAGGAAAUAAGUUCAAAUACACUAUGAGCUGCGGGGGUAUUUUUGUGUCUACACCAGGUUUGAAAUAAAUAAACAAAUAUAAGAGGUUCAUACAAAAGGGCAAAUGAAAACCUUUCCUACAGUUCCUAUGAACAACGUACCAACACUUUCUGAUUUCUUCUACGGCUGUAGAAUACCAUCUUUCAGAAAGUUGGCUGACUUUAUUUCUAACUCCUUAUUGAAGCUAAGGGGUGCUUACUAAAAGGAGGCAGCCAUAUAGGCCUUUUAAAGGCCUGGUCCUAAGUCCUUUUUAAAGCCAUGGAACAAAACCUGAUACACCACCCUAACAGAGCAUUAAGUUGUAACUGAGAUUGCAAUACCUGUCACCACUCAGCCGCUGAUAGUUCUCUGAACCAAAAGGACUAAUUGUGCUUUGAGGCCAAUCCUGCUUUCUGGUGUAUAUUCUCCAUAAAAGAUUAUUAUUAACUGCUCUUUUUCACUCUGGUGGAAAAAAAAAUUAAACCUGGGCAUUUCAUGGGUUUUCUUUCUUUAUUGUUGUUCGUUUGUUUUGGAGGGAGGGAGUUUGUUUUUUGUGUUUGUACAUGAUCCACCCUUAGUUUUCUAGAAUAUGUGUUGAAAAUAGAUAUUAUUAUGCAAGUAAGAUUUUAAAAAUGUAACUCAAGUGUUUGUUCAAAUCAGGUUUAACGGCGUUGCUUCUCUCCUAUAAUGGGAUAGAGAAAAUUAAAAUCACACAGUACAGAAGUGCAAGAAGAGAAUAUAUGAAGGACGAAUAGAACUACAAACCUAUCUAAAUGAAAAAGAAAUGGUGGAAACUAAGCCUGAACUUUACAUAUAAAAAGCAUUAUUCCCACAGUGGAAAUGUAAAAUUAAAAAUCAUCAUCAUUUUUUUUCCA